AUGAAACCGGGAGAAGACAAAGACAAAUACACCUCUUCAGCACCGGAAAACAGUCGUGUAUCCAUUGAGAUAGAUUCCUCUUCGAGUCCGAGCAUCCGAAACGAUGGAACAGCAUCAUUCAGCCACAUGCAGGCAAUUUCUACCAUCGUCGUUCUAACAGGAGUCAGCUUCCUCAACACUAUGGGAUCGGGGAUUCUGACUGUGGCUCUCCCGCGAAUGGCGACCGAUCUCAAUCUACAUGAAGAUAUCUUAUUAUGGCCCGCAGCUGUCUACGCCCUCGCCGCAGGUUGUACGCUGCUGCUCUUUGGCUCCAUUGCCGAUGUGGUAGGUGACAAACGGAUCUGGUUGAUUGGCAGCAUUUUGUAUACCGUCUUCACGUUGGCCUGCGGACUGGCGAGAACGGGGAUUCAGCUCAUUGCUUUUCGGGCAUUGUUGGGUCUUUGGAUCGCGAUGUGUUUGCCCUCUGCUGUCAGCUUGAUGGCGCGCAGCUGUCCAUCUGGCAAGAUACGGAAUAUGGGGUUUGCGUCCAUGGGGAUGGGUCAGCCUUUGGGAUACUCCGUGGGGCUAAUCCUCGGGGGAGUCUUCGUGAACACCAUCGGAUGGCGGUAUGGGUACUAUAUCAGUGCUAUUAUCAAUGCCGUCCUCUCUGUCGCGGCUUUCUGGGCGCUGCCUGCUGUUCAACAGUCCAGUGGGGAGCCAUGGUAUAAGAGGUUAGCUAGGAUUGAUUGGAUAGGAGCAUUGAUUAUUAGUGUUUCUCUGGCACUACUAUCUUUUGUGAUGGCUGAACUCUCGGGAAGUUAUCAUCGCAUCGGCACAGGCUAUGUCAUUUCUCUUCUAGUCAUCAUCAUCCUGCUAAUUCCAGCCUUCGUGGCUUGGAUAGACUGGCGACAACGACGGAGUCAACCAGCGCUUAUUCCCAACAGUAUGUGGAAGAAUACGCCGUUUACCUCAACAUGCAUCAUUGUAUUCUUUACCUGGGCGGUCUUCAAUGCCUUCCAGUAUUUCUCAUCUCUCUACUUUCAAAAGGUCCAGCCUCACUCCGCCCUAACCUCGGCCCUGAUGUUCCUGCCGCUAGUAGUCGUCGGAGCGAUUACGAAUCUCUUCACCGGCUAUGCAGCGGACAAAGUCGAGGUUCGGAGUCUGGUGUUCUUCUCUGCCUGCAUCAGUACAAUCUCACCGCUGCUAAUGGCAUUGAUCAAACCCAGCUGGGGGUAUUGGCGGGGGCCCUUUGUCGGAAUGCUCCUGAGCCCGCUCCACCCGGAUGUACUCUUUACCGUCUCAAAUCUGAUCAUUUCCCGGGCCUAUCCGGGUGAGAACCAAGGUCUUGCCGGUGCAGUGUUCAAUGCUGUCUCCCAGAUUGGCAAUUCUGUCGGCUUGGCGAUCAGCGCAGUCGUUGCCGCUUCUAUCUCGGAGCACUCAGAUGGAGAUUUGCUGAAAGGGUACCAAGCCGCUUAUUGGCUUAUGUUUGCGGCUAUGAUAGUAGUUUGUGUUGUCAGUUUUGUGGGACUUCGCUCAGGAGGAAAAGUGGGUCAGAAAAGAGACUAG